AUGUUUGUCUUUCUUAACAUCGCAUUGUUAGUUUUGGAAUUCGAUCGCUCACCGACCGAUCAUUGCAUUGUAACACGGACGAAGAGUAAAACGACAUUUAAAAGGAAUAAAAAUAUAAAUUGGGAGCAGCAACAACGAGUCAUCGAGACAUGUGGAAUAGAAUUGUUCGCGGUCAAGGCAACUUGCGUCAAUAAAGCAAAUUCCUUUAUUAAAAUUCGUGUUUCAACGUUGAACGCGCAAUAUGGAAACAACGAUAAUCGAGAUUUAAGAAGUAAAAAGCUAAAUGCAAGUACUUGUAUUGCGUAUUUAGCAAAAAAAAACACAAUUGUUGAGUAUGCUGAAACCUUGCUCAUGACAUUAUCGAGCAACAUAAAAGGCGAUGAGAUUACUCGUUUCCCUUGCUUUCAAAACAAUAAACGGAAUAAGUGA